AUGCGGUGGCCCCGCGGCCCCCGCGGCGCCUGGCGGCUGCUGCCCCGGCGCUCGCUGCUGGCCGCGCUCUUCCUCUUCUCGCUCUCCUCCUCCUUCCUUUACUUCGUCUAUGUGGCGCCGGGCAUCGUGAACACCUACCUCUUCAUGAUGCAAGCCCAAGGCAUCAUCAUCCGUGAGAACAUGCGAACAAUAGGAGCUCAGGUGUACGAGCAGGUGGUCCGCAGUGCCUAUGCCAAGAGGAACAGCAGCGUCAAUGACUCAGAUUAUCCUCUUGAUCUGAGCCACAAUGACACCUUUCUGCAAGCCACAACUUUUCUUCCUGAAGACUUUACCUACUUCCCCAACCACACCUGUCCUGAGAGGCUCCCUUCUAUGAAGGGCCCCAUCGAUGUAAAUAUGAGUGAGAUCACAAUGGAAGAUAUCCACCAGUUCUUCUCAAAAGACCCUUCCAUCAAGCUGGGAGGCCACUGGAAGCCGAGCGACUGCCUGCCUCGCUGGAAGGUGGCGAUCCUCAUCCCGUUCCGCAAUCGAUACGAGCAUCUUCCCGUCCUCUUCAGGCACCUCAUUCCCAUGCUGCAGCGGCAACGGUUACAGUUCGCCUUCUACGUUGUGGAGCAAGCUGGAAACCAACCCUUUAACCGUGCCAUGCUCUUCAAUGUUGGCUUUCGGGAAGCAAUGAAGGACUUGGAUUGGGACUGUCUCAUCUUUCACGAUGUGGACCACAUACCAGAAAAUGACCGUAACUACUAUGGGUGUGGACAGAUGCCAAGGCACUUUGCAGCCAAGCUGGAUAAGUACAUGUAUCUGCUCCCUUACAACGAGUUCUUUGGUGGGGUGAGUGGCCUGACUGUUGAGCAAUUUCAGAAGAUCAACGGUUUCCCUAAUGCCUUCUGGGGCUGGGGUGGCGAGGACGAUGACCUCUGGAACAGAGUGCAGUAUGCAGGCUACUCAGUGACUCGACCAGAAGGAGACACAGGGAAAUACAAAUCAAUUCCCCACCACCAUCGGGGAGAAGUGCAGUUCCUAGGAAGGUACGCUUUGCUGAGGAAGUCAAAAGAAAGGCAAGCCCUGGAUGGCCUCAAUAACUUGAACUACUUUCCAAACGUCACGUAUGACGCCUUGUAUAAGAACAUCACUGUUAACCUGACACCGGAGCUGGCUCUGGUGACCGAAUAUUAAGAGGAGAAAAUAACUUUGCUCUGCCCUUCACCAAGAAAGCACCAUGCUAGACUUUCUUUUCCAAGGGUUAUUGAGGACAAGCAACACUUUGUCUGAUGAAGGAUCACAGUAUUUUGGAGAAUAAGGCUGAAAGUGCACGCACAAAUUGCCCCAGCUGUACCAGUCCAGCCCGAUACUCGUGCAGCGAGCUCAGCAGUCUCUCUUUUUUUUCUGCCACUUGCUUUCUGGGUUUCAGGACAACGGUUUGACCUGCUGCUCUCAUCUCCACAUUCCUCUUCCAGCAAUCUCUAGCACUGGGACUCACCUUGGACACGCUUUCUCCUCCGGGAAGCGGCUCAGCUGAGUGACUCUGCCUUCUCGACAACCAGCGUCGGGAGCGACUCGGUCGGCUGCUGCCCUGGUGGGAGAUCAAACGACUUCUGAAACCCUUCUACGUCUGUGCAGUUUUUUAAAUGACCUGCUUGAAGUAUAUACAACAGAAUCGCUUCUUAAAGAAGUGUAAGUGUAAAUAUGCUGUGUAAAUUGCCCCUUUUUGUUUCUCUCUUACGGCUCAUAUCCAGGCAAACCCAAGGCAGAGGUUUACACACGGUCACUCAUUUUAGUCCUGAGUUCUGUAAACACUUACGUGUACAUCACUGUCCUCGUGCAAGCUGUUCCCUUUUAAGCCAGUGAGACUGCCUGCAUGACUUGAGCUGUGCAUAUGCAGAAAGGUUUGUGGGACAGGGCCCUAAACUUACCCGUGCAGGAGAUGAGAAAUACAGCUGUGCCCAUUGCUCAUUCCAGAAACCAUGGGAGUGGCUUUCUCCAAGGAAAUGGGAAUAUUGAUGAAAAAACUCCUCUUUCUAUCACUUUUGCAACAUGAUGCACAAGUGAUUCCAAAAGCCAUAGGCAAUAAAAUCUUUUGCCUGUUGCUCUCCAUCCCACUGAUGGUAAAUGUGAGCUUGGCAGGUUGCUCCAGAGCUCGUAGCCACACUCAUAGCCCACAGGCCACCUGCUUUUGCCCGGGUGCCAUCGUUGGGAUGGGGCAGCUGGCUGCAGCACAUCGAGCUUGCCCAGGGCCAGCAGUGCCCGUGUGCCACUCCUGUGGCCUGGUGGUACGGUGUGAGAGGUUGGUUUGGCUGGUAUGUGUUGUGUACAUCUAGCAGCACACCGGAGUGCUGUUGGAGGCAAGUGGUGCACUCGGUUAUCACCGUCAGCACCUGCACAGGCACAGCCAGGAACAGGUUGUCACAGGUUAGUGAGAGAGAAAUGAAGGACACAUGAAUCAAACUCACAGAAACAUGAGGACCAGGAGCCAGAGAGCUUGGUCUGACACCCCAUCCAAACUGGAGUGCUCCCUCCCUCCCUUCUCCGAUCUUCCAUCCCCCUUCUCCACAGUCACUGUGGGCAGGCUGGGCCCCGGGCUCUGCUCCCCACUGCUGCUCAAUCCAGCACCGACACGGUCACUCUUACUGGACCUCUCUGACUUAAAAGCAAAUACAUUGGGAGUUGCUUUUGAAUUUGUAUUUAUACACAACAGUGGUGGGUACUUAACCUCCCAAGAACUUUAACUUUCUUUUAUCGCGUUGUUUGCCUUCGGUUCCCUUCUCAUGGUUUACAUUUGUUUUCUCGGUUCCGUGGACGUAUGAUCCCCAUACGCAUCUGUGGUGGGUGUGACUGCCCAGGGCAUUCCUAACCCGUACCCAGAAAACAUUAGCUUAGGAAACACGAGUUCCUGUGCAGAGCUUAUCGGGCAGUAUGAGAGGGCAGCCUGCCCGCCCUUGAAAAAGCACCGAUAAGUUGGUAACUUAGGUUUGAAACCUUUGAACUUACACGUUGCUUUAAACUUGCUUCCCGAGGGGAUUCUACCUGGUUAUUUAUAGGCAGAGGUGAGGAUUUGCUUUUUAUGGCACAUAUAGCAAUAAAGACUUGCUUCUGAAUCUCCUCUUAAUUCCCGUGGACCCUUUUCAGAUGCUGAACCCGCGUUGCCCUCCCCCCUCUCUUCUUUCAUCUUGAGACCUUGCUAGAAAUCUGUCUUUGUUCAAUGGUGCUUCAAACAAGGAAUGUAUUUCAACCAGUCCCAAGUUCACUACCCCGGGAGUCAUGCAUGUGUGUGUGUGAGUAGGUGUUAAACUACUUUAGUCGGGAUCCUCAGCCCUCCAUGUGAACCUGACACCCGUCGCACCUCGUCCUGAACAAAAAGCCGUUACCUCUGCUCAGAAAUGCACUCUGCAGUUGGCACUAAAGGGUCCACACCCCCCUCCAGCAGCAUCUUUUGGAGUUCUUUUUGUUCUAAUCACGUUGAAGUUUGGGUUUUUUCUCCUUUUUGGUUUUUUUAAGAUGUGGAAUAUCUGAAAUGUGCACUGUUAAUCUUAUCAGCUAUGUCAAAUACUGUAUAGUAAAUGUAACUGUUAAAAACAUACCGUCAAGCGCAUGUGCUGUUAUGGUGUAACAAUUCUCGUGCUAAGGAGAACUUUGUACAUAUUCUGGCAGCUGAAAUUCAACAAGGCCACUCGUUUGCCCCUCUCAUGUCAACACCACAGGCCAGCCUGCUGGAGGGCAGGCCCUGGUCUGUGCUGACUCCUUGUUUUAAAAGGGCCAUCUGGGUUUUAUUUGCAAAAGCUAUGUAUCGACAGUUGGUUCUCUGUAAAGCUCUGCUUCUCGCAGGAAGGUACUGUCUGAGCAACAGCCCGGCCUUUGGGGUUGCUCACCAUCACAAGUGGCUUGAAACUCUAAAAGUAGCUUUCCAUCAUCAUGGCUUUUGAGCUUACUGUUAUGUUUUUAAGAGGUGCCAGGGGGACGUUUUUGCACUGAAGACUAGUGUUUUAAAACACACACACACUUCUCAGCAAAGCAAUCCUUUGUGUCAUUACAUUUAUUUACCCAUGUGUUUGUACAUUUUUGUA